UAGUAAAUGAACCGAGACUUUACUGUGUGUACGUGAAAGACUCGCUAACUUUAAACAAAUCAUGUCAAACAGUGAAGCUUCGUCGACCUGCCCGAUCCCAAGCCGCUCCAUUCAUGAGAAGAGCUGGUCUCCGCUUCCGGACAGUUACAGUCAGACACCAGGAGGAACUGUGUUUUCAACAACCCCCGGCGGAACUCGGAUUAUCUAUGAUCGAAAGUUUCUGCUGGAAUGUCGAAACUCUCCAAUCGCUCGCACCCCACCCUGCUGCCUCCCGGACAUCCCAGGAGUCACCAGACCCUCACUGCAAAUAAUAGAGCAAGAGGAGGACAGCAAAGAUCUGUCAAUUGAUGACAGCCAGUUUGUGAUUGACAUAUGAAGUGUCUGCAGCUCUUCUGGAUAUAAACUGACUGUCUCAGCCUGUUCCACCAGUGCUCUAUCUGAAGGAGGAUCACACCAGCAGGCCGUUCCUUCAUUAUUGCCUCCAUACUUUUUUGACUUUUUUUGUAAUUCAUGCAAUACUUAGAGCGAGAGUCUCUGUUAUGGGGAGGAGUUUUUUUUUUCUUGAGUUUGGUGGAUAUUAUGGUGAAAAUGCGGCUUUUGUUGUUGUUUUAAUGCAGCAGCUGCGAUUUAGUGCCUUCUUUUCUCUUUAUUUACAAACAUUCUGAAGGUGACCGUAUGCAAUUUAUACUUUUACUAUCUUAGGAUAGUUCAAAUGCAACAACUUCAUUUUUGUAAUGGAUUUACGACCCUAUGAGGGCUGUUUAAGUCAUAUGCCAGAAAUCAGCAGUUGGCUGACAAUUGUUGUAUUGUGCACUGUUCAUUUUCUGGAUAUAAUAUGACAUUUUGCAAUAAAACUAAUAGAAAACACCA